GCGCGCGUUGAGGCGGCGCAGGGAGCGCCGGUCCUGUUCGUGGCGUGAGGUGGCGGCGUGAGCGGCUGAGGUGGCACAGCUGGGAUGUCGCGCACGUUGCAGCUUUGCCGGUUCCAUUCAGCGUUGCUGCAGAGCAGGCAGCCACCCUGGCUGUCCCCAGUUGUAUUCCUCAGGAAAAACUUGACAGCGGGACCUGCACGGUCAUUACUUGCAAGCCCUGCAGUUCCCAGACCCCUAUGGAAGAAGGCAAUUUCCGCCGUGGUGGUGGGUGUGCCCCUGCUAUUUGGCCUUCGCUACGCUGUUGCCAACAAACGAGAAAGGAGGAAGAUGAGGCUUUUGGCAGAUGGCAUUGGUCGAUUUGGCAGGUCUCUCAAAGUGGGCCUGCAGAUCUCCAUGGAUUACUGGUGGUGCACAAAUGUGAUUCUCCGAGGGGUGGACGAGAACAGCCCUGGCUACAUGGAGGUGAUGUCAGCGUGUCACCAGCGGGCAGCUGAUGCUCUGGUGGCUGGAGCCAUCCUCAAUGGAGGUCUCUAUGUGAAGCUGGGCCAGGGACUCUGCUCCUUUAACCACCUGCUCCCUCCUGAGUACAUCACCACCCUUCGCCUGCUGGAGGACAAAGCCCUCACUCGGGGCUACAAAGAGGUGGAUGAGCUGUUCCUGGAGGAUUUCCAGGCCCCAGCCAAUGAGGUGUUCCAGGAAUUUGACUAUGAGCCUGUAGCAGCAGCCAGCCUGGCCCAGGUGCACAAAGCAAAGCUGAAGGAUGGCACAGAGGUGGCCGUGAAGGUGCAGUACAUUGACCUAAGGGACAGGUUUGACGGGGACAUCCACACCCUUGAGCUCCUGCUGCAGAUCAUCGAGUUCAUGCAUCCCAGCUUUGGCUUCAGCUGGGUCCUCAAGGACCUAAAAGGGACCUUGGCCCAAGAACUGGACUUUGAGAAUGAGGCUCGGAACUCGGAGCGCUGUGCCGAUGACCUGAAGCACUUUGGCUACAUAGUAGUGCCCCGUGUUCACUGGGACAAGUCCAGCAAGAGGGUGCUGACUGCUGACUUUUGUAAUGGCUGUAAGGUCAACAACGUGGAAGAGAUCCAGAACCAGGGGCUCAGUUUGAGUGAUAUAUCAUCUAAAUUGAUCCGAGUAUUUGCUGAACAGAUCUUUUAUACGGGCUUCAUCCACUCAGAUCCCCACCCUGGAAAUGGUAAGAUGCCACUCUUGAGAGGGAAAAGAUUAGUCUGGCCAUUUAAAGUUGGGCUAAGUUUAGGUACUCCCCACCCAUAUUCUCUCUUAGUAUUGGUACGGAAAGGCUCAGAUGGGCAGGCAGAAUUGGUGUUGCUGGAUCAUGGCCUCUACCAGUUCCUGGAUAAGAAGGAUCGCUUGGCCUUGUGCCAACUAUGGCGGGCCAUUAUCUUGCGGGAUGAUGCAGCCAUGAAGAAGCAUUCUGCUGAGCUUGGUGUUGAAGAUUACUUCCUGUUCUGUGAAAUCCUAAUGCAAAGACCAAUUCAUAUGGAGCAAUUGUGGCAGUCUGGCAUGCUGAGCCAUGCAGAGACAGCUUACAUGCAGGAAAUGGCCCAAGAACACUUUGCCCGAAUCAUGGAGGUGCUGAAGGCCUUGCCCCGCCCCAUGCUGCUUGUCCUGCGCAACAUCAACACCGUACGUGCCAUCACCAUGACCCUGAAGGCCCCUGUGGACCGUUACUUCCUCAUGGCUAAAAGUGCUGUAAGGAGCUGGAGCCGCCUGGUGGGAGAGCAGACUCGAGGUACCUUCUACCGACGCCUUGUGAAUUGGGUCAAGGUCACAUGGGAGAGCUUCAAGUUUGAAAUUGUCCUCAGGUUGGAGAUGUUAUCAAUGCACCUAACCUCCAUGAUCAUCAAAUUCCUGGUUUACCUGGGUGUCAUGCCUGAACCCGAGGAGAUAUUCAAGAAAAUGGAGCCCUAGGUCUGGGUGGCCCUGUCAUACCCACCCUCAGCUGCACAGAUUCACCUCCUUCAACAAAGAAAGGAGGAGUAGGCAUCAGCCACCAGGGCAGCAAGACCCACAGGAGUCAAGUGGCCAAGAACAGGGAGAUGACAGACAAGUAUCUCUCUACUUGCUCGGACUAAGGCAGAGGAGGCCCAUUAGGACACAGAAUAAAGGAGUGGAUACAAUGCUCAA